AUGGUGGUGGUGCUUCUUUAUGUGGAUGCCAUAAUCUUGACGGGCAGUAACUAUGAUGAGGUUGCUCGUCUACAAGAUGAGCUCUCGCUUCGUUUUGAGAUAAAGAAGCUUGGUGAACUUGGAACUUUCUUGAUCAACUACGCAAAGAAGUUGGUAGAAAAAUUUGGUAUGACUGAUGGAAAAAAGAGCUAUACUCCUCUCGACGUAAAUCCUAGACUUAGUCGAGACGAAGGAACAUGUCUACCAGAUCCUCGUCUUUAUCGUGCUCUUGUGGGAAGUUUGAUUUAUCUGACUAUAACAAGGUCUGACAUUGCUUAUGCAGUUGGAGUGAUAUUGGUCUACUCUACGAAAAAGAUGCAAAAUUCGUCUUGCAAGGAUAUACAGAUGCUGACUUUGCUGGAGAUCGAGACGAUCGAAGGUCCACAUAUGGGUUUGUUUUUCUUUGUGAAAAUACUAGCAUAUCUUGGAGUAGCAGAUAACAAGGAUCGAUAUCCUUAUCUACAACAGAAGCAGAAUACAAAGUAUCAGCUCACGCAGCACAGGAGUGCAUAUGGCUUCGUAGACUCUGGGAGAAUUUUAAUGUCAAGUUUGAUCAGCCGGUUCCUAUCCAUAGAGAUAAUUUGA